GUAAAAGUACACUUAGUAAGGUCAUUGAAAAGACUGGUAGCUCUAUGCCUAUUUUAGCAAGAUAUGUUGAUGAAAAUGAAAUUACACCACUUACUGCAGGUAUUGUUCCCAUUAACCUUAAAAGGCACCAUCAGCUUCAAAAUAUUGUUCUUCAUGACUUUGCUGGCCAAUCGCAAUACUAUUUAAGUCACACCGCUGUUAUUGAGAAUAUCCUACAAGGAUCUGCUGCUGUUUUCAUCAUUGUAGUUGACGUGUCCAACAGUGACUAUUUGAUACACCUUAAGCAAUGGCUAUCAGUUGUUAGGAAUGAAAUACAAAAAGCAAAAGAUGAUUGCAAAGUAAUUGUAGUUGCAAGCCAUGUUGAUUGUUUAAAUACUGAAGAAGAGAGAGGAAUGAUUAGACGAAAAAUUAAAAAGGAGUUGCUUAGAAAUGACGAUGUUAUUGUAUAUUUAGAUUGCCGUAGGCUUAAUGGUGCCGACAUAAAUUCAUUUCUCAAAAAUUUACAAAGUGCCUGUAGCUAUAUUCGUGAUAAUAAUAAAAAAUCGUUAACAUUGUAUUGCCACAUGAUGUACAAAUUACUUCAAGAAAAUGAAAAAGAUAUCUUAGCUUUAAAUGACAUCGCUCAUGAUGCAGCAACAAAAGUCGGUGAAUGUUUUCUUCCCACUCAUGAUGGUAAACAGAUCCUAUCUAUAUUGUCUUCAUUGCAUUCAACUGGUUUAAUUUACUAUCUCAAUUGUGAAGAUGACAACGAAGAAGUAUGGACAUCUGAUUCCAGUUGCAUUAAAACUCGUCAUAGCGGCAGGAUGUGGGUUGUUAAAAACAAGGAAGUACUAUUGAAACAUGUAGAUGGUGUCCUUUUUUCACCAUUUGAAGGAAGUAAAAUUCCUAAUAAUGGCAUCAUUACUGUUUCCAAACUUGAAAAAAUGUUCCCAGACUAUGAUUCUGUAAUGCUAAUUAGUUUCUUGGAAAGCAUGGGGCUAUGCCAUAUGGUUUCACCAUUUUUUUUGAUACAGACAAAUCUUGUGGAAAAAGGUCAAGAUAUUGGUCUAAAAGACAUACUUUGUCUUUUUUUUCCAUCAUCUGUGACCAUAGAAAGACCAAUUAUACCUCAUGAGUUUGUAUUUGGGUGGUACCUAAAAUGUACAAAUCUUCAUGAUUUAUUUCCACAACGGUUCUUCAAUUCUCUAUUAUUGCACUUUUCCAUGAAAUAUGCAGUUGAAGAAGCUUCCAGAACUAGACACAGUAAAUUUCAGUGUUUAUUUUGAAAGAACGGCAUAAAAUGGACUGAUAGCAAUGGCAUCACUACGUUGCUAGAACUUCUUGAUGAAAAUCAAUGUGUUUUAGUUUUAAUGUCAUGUGAAAAGGGGGCAAAAGAAUCUAAGAUGAUUAUGUUGAGAAGACGAUUGAUUGGCGAUGUUUUGGCUAUUCGUGGAAAAUUUUGUCCUACUCUUAAUACAGAAGCCUUUGUCAUUGAUCCUGAUAAUUUGAAAUACCCUAUUGAUAAACCAAGAACAAGAGUAGCGUAUUUUGUCGAAAACUUUAUAAAAUUGGGGAAACAGGAUUUCAUCAACCCAACACCAGAAACAUCAGAAUCACGUGGAAAGCAAGUUUGUGAUGUGCUGCCCAAUAAACCAAAUUAUGCUAAUCUUUCAAUAUUUGGUGGGGCUGAUCCAAAUGACAAGGCAGGGGCUAGAGGAAAUUUUCGUUAUCCAGGAAUAGCAUCUCAUAAUGUAAGAGGAGAGAAAAAAAGAGAACUGAACCUUAAAGAUUUGAAUUAUGUUAUUGACACACUGAAGCAAAAUCAUUUCCCUGAUCGUGACUGGAAAAAACUUGGCCGUCGACUGGGACUUGAAGAUUCUACACUUGAUGAAAUUAAUGAAGAAUAUGGAGAAUGUCUUGAAAAAUGCUUUGAAAAAUGUUUUUAUACUUGGUUGAAAAGAGAAGACAGCACCAAGCAACAAGACAAAUCAUGGGCAUCACUCGCCAAAGCUUUAGAUGACAUUGGACAUAAGGAGGUUGCUAGAAAUAUCAGAAAAGAGCAUCAACUGAAUUAUUGAUCUGCUAUUAAUAAUUA